GCUUGCCACAAGCAAGACGUCAGUGCGCGCGUGCUGCGAAAUCGAAAAUAACUCGAGAAAUCGUAAUUUCAGACAUCGAAUAGAGUAGAAUUCAUACGAUCGAGGAAAAGAACCACCUAAUAUUGGAAUAUAAAAUCUGCCCAGUGAUCGAAUCGGCGGUGCUUCGAUGUGCGCGUAGUGGUCCGUAACCGUAUGAUGAGCCUGACUGUGCUCUCGCCACCGCAACGUUUCAAGCGAAUCCUGCAAGCCAUGAUGUUAGCCGUCGCCGUCGUCUAUAUGACCCUGCUGCUCUACCAGAGCGCCUACGGAUAUCCGGGCAUCCAAGUGCCGCACAGCCAGGUGGAUGCCCUUUCCAGCGAAGCCCUGACCACACACCGCGACCAGCUGCUACAGGACUACGUGCAGUCCUCCACGCCCACUCAGCCGGGGGCGGGAGCUCCGGCUGCCUCACCCACCACGGUCAUAAUCCGCAAGGAUAUACGCAGCUUCAACUUCAGCGACAUCGAGGUCAGUGAGCGGCCCACGGCCACGCUGCUCACCGAACUGGCCAGAAGGAGCCGGAAUGGGGAACUGCUCCGCGAUCUGUCCCAAAGAGCGGUCACUGCGACACCCCAGCCGCCGGUCACCGAACUGGAUGACAUUUUCAUCAGCGUGAAGACGACGAAGAACUAUCACGACACCCGGCUGGCGCUGAUCAUCAAGACCUGGUUCCAAUUGGCCCGCGAUCAGACCUGGUUCUUCACGGACACCGAUGAUCACUACUACCAGGAGAAGACAAAGGGCCAUCUCAUCAACACGAAAUGCUCACAGGGCCACUUUCGCAAGGCGCUUUGCUGCAAAAUGUCCGCCGAAUUGGAUGUCUUCCUGGAGAGUGGCAAAAAGUGGUUUUGUCACUUCGACGAUGACAACUAUGUCAAUGUGCCGAGGCUGGUCAAACUGCUGGACGAGUAUAGUCCCAGUGUGGAUUGGUAUCUGGGCAAGCCGAGCAUCUCAUCGCCGCUGGAGAUCCACUUGGACAGCAAGAACACGACAACAAACAAGAAGAUAACCUUCUGGUUCGCCACUGGCGGCGCUGGCUUCUGCCUCAGUCGAGCCCUGACUUUAAAAAUGCUACCCAUAGCAGGUGGCGGCAAGUUUAUCAGCAUUGGCGACAAGAUACGCUUUCCGGAUGAUGUCACAAUGGGUUUUAUUAUAGAACACCUUCUGAAAGUCCCUCUAACCGUGGUGGACAACUUCCACUCGCACUUGGAGCCCAUGGAGUUCAUACGCCAGGAUACGUUCCAGGACCAGGUGUCCUUCAGCUAUGCCCACAUGAAAAACCAGUGGAACGUGAUCAAGGUGGACGGCUUCGAUAUGAAGACCGAUCCCAAGCGCUUCUACUCCCUGCACUGCCAGCUCUUCCCCUACUUCAGCUUCUGCCCGCCCAGAUGAACUGGAUGAUCCCGAUCCGAAGUCCCUGGGGAUCCUAUUUGGCUGUUGCAGGCGCACGUCUGCACUUGGUCGGUUGUGAACCGAUGGGGCAGGCGUCAAAAUCAAAUCUCGCCACUGUGAUUUAACAUUAAGUUUAUGUAUACGAGCAACGACAUAAGGUUCUUUGUAUAUAUGUGUGUAUUGAGCAGCUUCCAGCUGGACAGAUGUGCUUCCUAAUGGUAUAAGAAAUACUGUAGCUGUAGGUCUUGCAAUUCCAACACUUCCAAGUGCUUCCCUAUAGCGUUACACGCGAUUCUUCCAAUCGACUUAGUGCGUAGUUAAAUUAAUGGUCUAGUCUAGGCUUAAGUUAUCUUAGCUUCAGAGAGACCGCUUGACCCUCUGCUGUGUAAUACUGUAAUGCAGUCUAAUGUUUGCCUAAUCAAGCAAAAUGCAUGUAUAUAGUAGAUUAAUUAACUAAGCAAUGUUUAAACCAUUUUGUUACAUUUUAGUUUGCUUGAAUAAAACAGAAUAUUUUAUUAAAA